GUGUCGUAGCUGCACCCAUGCUGAGUCGUUGCUUCUGUUCCAUCUGCGCGAUGACGCGUCCCUCGCAAAGCAAAGAACGCCAGCGUCUGCACAUAUAUUGUUGAUCUAUAUGUGUAACCACAAGACAUAUUUGAAUGGGGCACUUGCGCCAAACUACAGCUAACUGGUUCGCUCCAUCGCGAAGUCGCGCGCCUGGCGCCCGGAAGCUUGUGUAAUAUUAUAGAUAUGUAAAAUGGUAGCUUUCUCGACCACCAUGGUGCUUGUGCUUCUACUGGCACUUUGCUCGAUUCAGGCGCAAGUUGCGCUUGCUGCUAGCUCUUCUGGAAAACCCAAGCCAGAGGUGUUUCCCGUGCGGCGCCCGCUGGUGAAUUUGCACGAAGCCGCGCUGCAGAGUGUCAGCCGGGACGGGCCACGCUACCCCGACGAAAUGUUCUUGCGCCGAGUCAAGGGCUGCCGGGCGCCGUACUCCAGUGACACCUCCGAUGAGCCGGCGAGGGGCCCCAACACCAGCGACUGCGAUAGAGGCUUCGUCAUUCUGACCAUGGGGAAUGACCUGGUGAUGAGGUCCAUGGUGCCACUGCUGUUAGAAAGCCUCCAGCGCAUCGAGCACGUUGGGUCCGAUGGCGGACGUGACGACCUGACCAGGCACACUACGGUGGUAGGCGUCACGCGCCACGCGGACGAGAAGUGCGAGGACCUGCGCCGCUCGUACUCUCACUCAUGUACGGGAGACGGCGGCAGCGGGCUGUACGACGGGGACAACGUGUACCCCAGCCACAAGGCGCUAGCGUACGGCAUGGUCAAGCUGCGGUACAUGGUCAACGCGUUGACCACAAACCUGGACAUCGUGUAUGUGGACGCGGACACGGUGUUCCUGCGCGACCCCAUCCCGCUGCUGCUGCGGGCGGCGGAGGAGGCGGACGCGGAUGUGGUGGUGGCCACUGCCACAGCGCCCUGUGGCAGCGCGGCGCAGGCCUGGGACGCCGAGGCUCUGGACGGCAGCAGCAGCAGCAGCAGCAGUAGCAGCAGCAGUGGGAGCCGUGGCGAGGGCGAAGCGGACAGCAGCGAGCGUCACCAAAGCAGGCGGGUCCUGGCAUCGGCAGAGGAUGGGGAAGAGGAGGGCGGGUCGGAGCCGCGAGUGGACGCGGGCGAGGGCGUGCGGUACGCCACGGGCUUGGUGCUUUACCGCAGCACGCCUGCCGCCCUACGCUGCGCCUACUCGCUCCUGCUUGACAUGGCCUCACUCGCCUCGCGGGGCCACAGCGUCGGUCGCGGCAGCCCCAACAGCAGCGAUGGCAGUAGCAGCAGCGAGGAAGAAGCGGUGGUGUGGGAGCAGGAGCGGUUUGCUGCGUUCAUGCCGACCUGUAUGGGCGCGCUGGGUCGUGGGCUGGCUGCUCUGCCCACCAGCGCUGUGCUCACCACCUGCGGCGCUGAUGCUCCUUCAGCGUCGGAGUUGGCCAAAGGCAGUGGCGGCAGCGGCGGCGUGGUUGCGGUGCACAUAUCGUCGGCGCCGCCUGGCGGCGGUGGGGAGGCCGGUGCAGUGGAGGCGAGUCUGGCGGCGCGCGUGGCGGUGAUGAAGAAAGUACUGGGGAUUGAGCGCGAGGAGGAGGGGGGGAAGGAGGAGCGGCGGUGAGGAAAGGGGGACAGACGGUGCGAAAGCCAGGCCCCCAGCGUGCAGCGCGGGCGUGCGGCAUCAAUGCUUAUAGUAGAUGGCAUUCAAUUGAUUCAUCUUGUAUGGAAGACGGAGGAGAUGGGACGAAUUGUGUGGAGGCAAGUGCGCAGGUGAGCAUUCUUUGCGCGUGCAGAUCCUGCGUUACUAAAGGCGUGCGCAUCACCUGCCGGCGCCUUCUCCGAUGUAUCGUACGUGGUAUACGUGAUGAGUGCAUCCGCAGCAUCGGCGGCACGGUUUGCCUGCCAAUGACCGUAGUGAUACACUCAUGGUGUUUUGUGGACUACGCCCGAGGGGCGACCCACUUCUAGGGGGCGCCCACCUGCCCUGAACCCGCGUGCCAGCAGCCUGCAUUCCUUGCUGCAACCGAUC